AUGAGGGACAUCUCCUAUGCAGGGUGUGUUGCUCAAUUGUUUUCUUUUCUCUUCUUCCUUGGAGCAGAGUUUUAUCUCACCACCAUGUCCUACGAUCGCUAUGUUGCCAUCUGGAGACCCCUGCACUAUGAGACCCUCCUGGGCAGCAGAGUUUGUCUCCACCUGGCAGCAGCUGCCUGGGCCUGUGGCUUUCUCAAUGCUCUGCUGCACACAGCCAAUACAUUUUCCCUGCCCCUCUGCCAGGGCAAUGCUCUGCACCAGUUCUUCUGUGAAGUUCCCCAGAUCCUCAAGCUCUCCUGCUCCACCUCCUACCUCAGGGAACUUUGGCUUCUUGUGGUCCCUGCAUUCUUGUCAUGUAUCUGUUUUGUGUUCAUUGUGUUGUCCUAUGUGCAGAUCUUCAGGGCAGUGCUGAGGAUCCCCUCUCAGCAGGGACGCCACAAAGCCUUUGCCACCUGCCUCCCUCACCUGUCUGUGGUCUCCUUCUUUCUCAGCACCAUAAUGUUUGCCCACUUGAAGCCCUCCUCCAUCUCCUCCCCAUCCCUGGACCUGGUGGUGUCAGUUCUGUACUCAGUGGUUCCUCCAGCAGUGAACCCUCUCAUCUAUAGCCUGAGGAACCAGGAGCUCAAAGCUGCCCUGAGCACGUUGAUCCCUGGAUGCCUUGUGAAGCAAUAA